AUGGAUCUGAGACCGGAGCUCCCCGCGGCCUCCACGGCCUCGCAGGUGCACGCGGCCGCGGCCGCCUCCAUCCCGGUGUCCAUGGCCGGGGGCCUCCUGCGCGGGCCGCCGCUGCUGCUGCGCGCCGCCGACAAGUACCCGCGCACGCCCAAGUGCGCGCGCUGCCGCAACCACGGCGUGGUGUCCGCGCUCAAGGGCCACAAGCGCUACUGCCGCUGGAAGGACUGCAUGUGCGCCAAGUGCACGCUGAUCGCGGAGCGGCAGCGCGUGAUGGCGGCGCAGGUGGCGCUGCGCCGCCAGCAGGCGCAGGAGGAGAACGAGGCGCGCGAGCUGCAGCUGCUCUACGGCACGGCCGAGGGGCUCGCGCUGGCCGCCGCCAACGGCAUCAUCCCGCCCAGGCCCAACUACGAGGUGUUCGGCUCCGUGAGCGGCGACGGCGGCUCAGAUUCAAACAUCCAGAAGUACGAUCUGUUCCCAAAGAGCCAGAUGUCCGGCUCCACCCCCCCGCAGCAGGCCGUGGGGAAGCCGGCCUCCGCGGAGGGCGACUCGGCCCCGGGCGUCUCCUCCCCGGACGGCCGGCACGGGGGGGGCGGCUCGGGCUCCGAGAACGGAGACAGCGAGUCGUUCAUCGGCUCCCCGGUGUCGAAGCCCCCGAAGGACGGCGGGGACACGCCCGGGUCGGUCAGCUCUCUGGGCUCGGACUCCGGCUCGGAGACGGACAAGGACGAGCAGGAGCCGUCCCCGUCCUCCGCGGCCUCGCGCCACAUGAACGCCAUCGACAUCCUCACGCGCGUGUUCCCCAGCCACAAGCGCAGCGUGCUGGAGCUCGUGCUGCAGGGCUGCGGCAAGGACGUGGUGCAGGCCAUCGAGCAGAUCCUCAACCACGGCGGCGCGCAGGGCGGCCCGCGACCGGGCCAGGAGGAGGCCUGGGCGGCGGAGCGGGGGCUCCAGGGCGCGCAGCAGCCCCCCCCGGCCGCCGCCGCCUCCGCGGCCGCCGCCAGGCCGCUGCUGCCCGGGGCCAUGACGCUGAGCAACCGCUCCGCCUUCUCCCCGCUCCAGCCCAACGCGCCGCACUUCGGCGCGGAGCCCGGCGCCUACCCGCUGGGCACGCACCUGGGACUCAACCCGCUGCGGCUGGCCUACUCCGCGCACAGCCGGGGCCUGGCCUUCAUGACGCCCUACUCCACCACCGGCCUCAUGCCCACGCUGGGCUUCCGGCCGCCGAUGGACUACGCCUUCAGCGACCUGAUCAGAGACCGGACAAUGCUGCACAAGGAGCAGGGCUACGCCGGAGGCCUGUACGGGCCUCUGGUCAACAACACGCCGGACAAACAGUGA